AUGCAGUAUGAUUCAGAAGAACAUGUUACCUUCCGCAUUGACAAGACUGAGAGGAUUUUAGAAAAUAGUGAAGUUCGUGUCAAGCUAUCUGACUCAAACUUUCGUCACAAGCCAGGGGCGGAUGGGCCCACCGGGGCACCGGACAAUUGUGAUGACCCAGAAAAUAGUGACAUUAAUAUUGAAAUCGAUUUACCAGAAGUACGGUCAAGACGAGUUAAAAAAAUGCGAGGAGAAGGAUCUUCUGAUGAAAGAUCGGAGAAUAAGAAUGACAGAUACAAAAUAGAGACAUUCAACAUUGUAGAUACUAUCGUACACUCAAUGGCAAACCGCUUUCAAAAAAAUUUUGAGAUAUGUAAGGAUUUUAGUAUGUUGGAUACUAAGAAUUUUAGUGAUAUAAAAGAUAGUUUAAACUAA